GGGCCGUGACCCGCCAAGAUGGCGCUGUCCAGGGUCGGCUGCCGCUGGCUGCUCUGGCGCUUCGGCCCCGGUCCCGGUCCCGCCGCCGGCCUGAGCCGCGCCCGGGGGCUGCUGGAGCCGCGUCCCGCCCGGGGGGCGACGAGGUCCUCGGUGUGCUACCGCUCCACAAAAGCCGGCUCCAGGUCCGUCCUCGCUGCCCUGGUGUCGAAAGCGAAGCACAUCAACGGGAGGUACGAGAGGUUUUUGGAAAGGACCUUCCCCCGUUUCUACGUGCUGUACGCGACUUUCACGAAAGGAGUCCAAGCGCUCUUUAUGGAAGUCAAAGAAAUAAGAAAAAUCAAAUCUAAAAUGUCCCGUCAGAGACUGAGUGUUCAGCAGCUUCCCUACCGGGAGAUGGAGAGGCUGCGGCAGUUUCGCAGGGAUGUGAUCAAGGCCAUUCCCAUCGGAGUUAUCGCUAUCCCGCCCUUCGCCAACUUCUUGGUCAUCGUCCUGAUGUAUUUCUUCCCACGGCAGCUCCUGAUCCGCUACUUCUGGACCCCCAACCAGCAGGUUGAGUUCCUGGAUGCCUACGAUGCCAUCCGGAGAGACUCCUAUCCGGACGUGGUGGAGAGUUUAGCCCUGGCAGCACGUUCCCUGUCUGAGCCGCAGCUCCAAAAACGCCUGCAGGAGCUCUGCGCCGAGGUGCAGCGAGGUUCCCAGCCACGUGUGGCUGAACUCUAUGCUGUGAGAAGUUUGUUUUCGGGAUCUCCACUGGGUCUGAACAAGCUCCGGGUGUCUCAUGUGAAAGCCCUGAGCCAGGUCCUGUUUCUGACCCCUCACUUGCCGGCCUUUUUCCUGAGGCAUCGCCUGCGGAGCCACGUCUUGGAAAUCCGGCACCUGGACCGUGCCAUGCUGCGCCUGGGCUUGGGCCAGCUGUCCGAGGAGGAGCUGAAAGCGGCUUGUUACCUCCGUGGCCUGAACUCCACUCACCUCGGCAUGUCCGAGUGCAGAGCGUGGCUGGAGCAGUGGCUGGGGCUCUCCUGCAAGCUGCAAGCUUCUGAAGCUUCGCUCCUGGCGAACAGCAUGGUCCUGCUGUCCCUCAACUAUGUCAGGGCCAAGGAGUGAUGGCCGAGCCGCCAGCUGCGCACCCUCACCCCGGCAUCGUGCGUCAACUUGGCGAUUCCCAGCCUGGCGCCGCAAAAAAACCUGCCUUUCGGUGACGUGAAACCACAGCCCGGAGUCAGCGAGAAGGGCCCCGAUGCUGCCGCUGGGGCGAAGAUACAAUUCCCUCCCUCCUGCACUGGAGGUUUGUGCCGGCGCCGUCUCUUCUCUUCCCCUUCGUGCCGUCAGAGCGGGCUGGUGAUGUCACGGGGCUGAGCCCCGUCCCUGCCUUCCACGUCCAGGGGAGGCGGCUUCACUGUUCUGGCUCUUAAACUGUGUCACUUUUUAACUACGGGAGGGGAGCACAAGUGUCUCCGCUGCCUGUGGAUGCUUCCCUUAGUAUCUCGUAAUAGUGGGCUCCGUUCAGCUUGGGUUUUGCUGCUCUAUGCCUCAAACGGAGGGUUUUACUUAGUUUCUUUACUCCACUGAGCAGUCUUAAAUAUAAAAAUCUCCCUGAGGGGUUAAGAAAAGACCCCAAAUCCCCGUGCGACCUUACCCGCAGCCUUGGGGGGGUUCCCUGCGGGAGGGUUCCUUGUUUGGCUGCAGCUGCCUCCCGGAGCAUCCCCAUCACAGUCCCUCAUCUGGGGAGCCCUCGCCACCGGCGCUGGCUGAUGGGGGGAGGAUGCCGGGGCUGGAAACGCCGCUGUUGACACAAAUGGCGUUAGAAAGGCAGCACUGAACUGCACUGACGCCUUCGGCGGAGGCCACGGCCUGCGUUUGUCAAGUUCUGCCUAAUUAGAUCUUAGCCCUGCGCUUUCUGCUUGGCGGAGGUGGCUCCGAGGGCUUUAGCGGCAGCUCCCCGCUGCAGGCUGCGUUGAGGGGGUUAAAACCCACCGUGUCUCACCUCAUCCCGUCACUGCAUGAGAAAUACCCAGCUGUUGAGUGAAUUUAAAUCAUCUUUAAGUGUUUUAUUAAAGAGAAAAGCAAG